CGGCUGCAGAGGAGGAUGGAGGCCAACAUGAACCUCCUGCAUGACACGGGCAUCCAGGCGACACACUGGCUGCAGGAGCACUUCCAGGGCUCCCAGGACUGGUUCCUUUUCAUCUCCUUCGCCGCCGACCUCAGGAACGCUUUCUUUGUCCUCUUCCCUAUCUGGUUCCACUUCAGCGAGUCGGUGGGCAUCAGGCUGAUCUGGGUGGCCGUGAUCGGCGACUGGCUCAACCUCGUCUUCAAGUGGAUCCUCUUUGGGGAGAGACCGUACUGGUGGGUCCAUGAGACGGACUAUUAUGGCAACACCUCCGCCCCACAGAUCCAGCAGUUCCCGCUCACCUGCGAGACCGGCCCCGGGAGCCCCUCCGGCCACGCCAUGGGCGCAGCAGGCGUGUACUACGUCAUGGUGACAGCCCUCCUCUCCGCUGCCAUGGGGAAGAAGCAGUCGAAGACACUCAAAUACUGGGUGCUGUGGACGGUGCUUUGGGCAGGGUUCUGGGCAAUUCAGGUCUGUGUCUGCCUGUCCCGGGUCUUCAUUGCCGCCCACUUCCCCCAUCAGGUCAUCGCGGGGGUCAUCUCAGGGAUGGCCGUAGCCAAGACCUUCCAGCACAUCCACUUCAUCUACCACGCCAGCCUCCGCCAGUACCUGGGCAUCACCUUCUUCCUCUUCAGCUUCGCCCUGGGCUUCUACCUGCUGCUGCGGGCACUCGGUGUGGACCUGCUCUGGACGCUGGAGAAGGCGCAGAGAUGGUGCGCCCACCCCGAGUGGGUCCACAUCGACACCACCCCCUUUGCCAGCCUCCUCCGUAACCUGGGCAUCCUCUUCGGGCUGGGGCUAGCCCACAACUCCCACAUGUACCUGGAGAGCUGCCGGGGGAAGCAGGGCCAGCAGCUGCCCUUCCGCCUGGGCUGCGUCGCCGCCUCCCUCCUCAUCCUACACCUCUUUGAUGCCUUCAAGCCACCCUCCCACAUGCAGUUGCUCUUCUACGUCCUCUCCUUCUGCAAGAGCGCGGCCGUGCCACUGGCCACUGCUGGCCUCAUCCCCUACUGUGUUUCCCAGCUCCUGGCCACCCAGGACAAGAAGGCUGUCUAG